AUGGGGCCGUUGGAGAAAUUCUUGCCAAAGAACGACCGCUAUGCGGCUCUGCUGCUCUGUGACAUGGUCCUUGCGACUUGCUUCAACGGCUACGAUGCAAGCAUCAUGACAGUCAUCCUGACGGAUCAACAGUUCGUCGAGUACUACAACGUCGAUGCGGACUGGACGGGCACUGUAGCUGUUCUGUUCAUUGGCGGCACACUCACCAGCCUCGUUGGGAGGCUUUGGGCGCUCCGCAUCUCCAUAGUGGUUAUGGGAAUUGGCGUUAUUGUCCAGAGUGUCCCAACCACGUAUGACAUCCUCAUUUUUGGUCAUUUGCUUACUGGCCUCGGCUUUGGCUGUGUGUACAUUGUUACGACGCUGUACGUGGCUGAGCCUGCGCCGCUCAUGCUCCGCGGCAGCUUUCCAUUCAACAUCGCCUUGUGUGUGUCGAACCUCAUACAGCUUCCCAUUGGCCUUGCAUUCAUCAUUCUCAAUCUUUGGUAUCCUGAAAGUCCUGGACCCGACAACCCAGGCCGAGUACUGCGAGUACUAUGCAAGCUGAGAAUGGGCGACGAAAACUCAGAUGACGUACUUGCUGAGUACCAUGAGCUCAUCGCCGCUCAGCAAGCUUGUGCUCGCUUCGAUACCGGAUACAAAGGUAUCUUCAACCUUUACGCGAGGUCGCUCCAUCAGGCUGGUGGUAUCGCGGCUUUGAAUAUGUACGCAGCGCUUAUAUACCAGAGCCUGGGAUGCAAAAGUCAGGCCUUAUCCAUCAACGGGAUCCAAGCUGCGCUCCAGCUGUUUGGGCGAAGGGCACUCCUCUUAGCUGGAUUCGCCAUUCAAGCCACCACACUGCUCAUCCUGUCGUCCCUUACAAAUGCUUUUCCGGAAAACAACAAUAGGGUCGCCGCUGUUGUUGAAGUAGCGAUGUUGUUCGUCGUAGACUUCACCUACUGCUGGUCAAAUGGUCCAAUCCCACCGGCCAUUACUACAGAGGCAAUACUUCUCUAUCCUGAUGAUAGCUAUCCAGCAUUUGGAUCUUCCCUUCUUGGCCAGACUGUAUGUUUGCUCGCUCUGACGCAGCCCUGGUCACACUUCAGUUCGCAGGUUAGGAGAAAUGGCUACUGGCUCCUUUGCGGCCUCAACACUAUGCUGUUGAUCUCGGUAUGUUUCAUCCUGCCUGAAACGAAGGGUGUCGAUGCGGUAGAAGUAGAUGAGCAGGAACGUGGUCUGGGUAGGGCAGAAGCUAUGUAA